AUGGAAGAGAGUGACGUGUACAGCUUUGGCAUCGUGCUGCUAGAGCUGGCCAACAGCCAUCCCUCGUGCCCCUCUUCCCCCUCUUCUGGUCUCUCCCCCUUUGCCCUGCCCACCUGUUUUCACUUCAGGGCUAUCUGGACCUACAGGCUAUCCGGACCCUCAGGCUAUUUGGACCCUCAGUACUUCCAAUGCGAUCUACUCACGGAAAAGAGUGACGUGUACAGUUUCGGCAUCGUGCUUCUAGAGAUGGCCACCGGUCUCCGCCCCGUGACCAACGGGGAGCAUAUCCGAUCGGUUGUAAUUGAUAAGGUUACCAACCAUGGGGGCGUGUACAGUGUUAUGGACCCAGUACUGAAAGCCUUGUGGGAGAGCCAGCAGCGGGGAGAGGGGGGAGCGGGAGCAGGAGGGGGAGCUGGAGGGGGAGCCGGAGCGGGAGGGGGAGCUGGAGGGGGAGCGGGAGCGGGAGGGGGAGCUGGAGGGGGAGUGGGAGCGGGAGCAAGGGGCGGAGAGGGCGGAGGUAACAGUGUGAAUGGGGAGGGGGGGAAGGGUGAGAGCGAGCCUCUGGAGGAGACGUGUGGGAGCGAGGCUCUGGAGGAUACGUUUGAGUGGUUCCUGCGGCUGGGGAUGCGGUGCAGCCUCCGGCAGGCUCAGAUUCGACCCGACAUGCAGCAGGUGUUGAAAGAGCUGCACGGGAUUAGGAAUAUGCUUAACUGUGUUGCCGGCUCCCAUAGGGGGAGUGGUGCUGCUGCUGGUGAUGGUGGUGGUGGUACUGCUGGUACUACUGGUGCUGCUGCUGAUGAUGGUGCUGGGGAUGGUGGUGGUGCUGCUGGUGGUGCUGGUGCUGCUGGUGGUGACGGCAGCAACAGGCGGUCCAAUGGCGAGUGGUCCGAUGGGGAGAGGUCCAAUGGGGAGAGGUCCAUUGGGGCAGUGAGUUCCCAAGCUGGUAGAUCCUUCUGGACAGAAAUCGUGGCCUCGGCGUCGAAAGGGCCGAGCAGGUUCAAGGAGGAGAUUGAUGAGGAGAUGGAUGAGGAGGAAGCGGAGUGGUUGUUUGCUGAGCGGAUGAAGAGGGACGUAGGGAAGGCAGAGACGCUGGGUAGCGAUGGGGAUGGACUGCUGAACCACACGCUGACUUUCACCGGGAGUGAGCCACUGGUCAAGGUGGUGCCUCGUUGA